CCAAUCACCUGGACCGGGUGCGACAGGGGCCAUGUUGUAGCUUUGGCUGCAGUCCGUCCUCACAGCUUCCUGGGCCCGCGGGCUGAUGACUUGAGAGUCCCCGUAGAGCUGAACAGGUAUCACACCUGAGCGCGUGCUCCGGAGUUGCAGAGACAUGAACACGAGCCGCUUCAUGGCCGCGGUGUGGAGAGGAAGCUCGCACAUCUUCAGACGAGCGCAGCUGGAGCCGCUUUCCUCUGCGAUGGUUCAGCGCCGCCUGCAGUCCACACAGAGGGUCCCUGCAGCCCGUCUGCCCAACAUAGUGAAGGUGUCUGCCGGGAAACGCUACGCCUGGUGUGCCUGUGGACACAGUCAGAAACAGCCUUUCUGUGACGGAGCUCACAAGACAAAAGCUCCGAGCAUCUCUCCUCUACGCUUCACCCCUGACAGAAACAGGACGGUCUUGCUGUGUGCCUGCAAGGAAACCAAAAACGCACCGUACUGCGACGGCUCACACCUGAAGGUCAUCUUCCGCGAUGUAGUGAAGUCGGUGAAGGGCGUCUUUAAAUGAACAGCAUCCCAGAUGUUUGCACUGGGAGGCCGUGGAGCAACGACUGUAAUAGAAAUGAAACGGAAACCGUCUUUAUUGUGCCUUAUCAGUCAUCCACAAAUUCAGAAAACUCAUUGCAUUUUGAUAUGAACACAAAAUACAUUCACUGCUGUCUGCUUUUGGCAGGAAGAUGUGAUGCCCUGCAUCAUUUUAUCGUCCUCACACUUGUCAGACUGAUAUUUUGGCUGAACAUGGUAAAUUGCAUUGUUUUUUUAAGUAAAAAUGUUUUUGUAACCAAAGUCCAUAUACAAAUGUAUAAUCCAUUUAAAAAAGCACAUUGGUGUUUUGUUCAAGCGUACAUAAUCAGUAGAAGUGACAGUUUUCAAAGCAGCUUGUACCAAAGCCGAGCAGUGACGUCUAUUACAUCUUUUGUGAUUGUGAGUUAUUCAUAUGUGCCUGAGUUUUCCCUAAAAUGUGUUUGAUUGCUGUAUGUAUCCAUUUGUAUUGUAUUAAUGUCUGAUCUUUGUCACAUUUUUGUACAAUACAUAAAACAUAUUGGUGUUGUCCACCCUUAUACUGUACCUACUUAGCAUAACUUUGAAUUGUAAGAUAUAAACUGGUCCUCAGAAAGCAC